AUGGCGCAUCAUCUACCAGAGUUCCCUAUCCCCUCGGGCUCGACCACCGUUCAGGUGCGGAUCAUCGAUUCGACAACCCGGAUUGGGAGGCUCCCUCUGGAGUUCCUCAUGGUACCCCCAAUGCAGGGCAUGCAGUACAUGCCAGUUCUUCCUGCUUGGUCGUUUCUCAUUGAACAUGAGUCGGGUCAGAAGGUGAUCUUCGACCUUGGCGUCCCUCGCGACUGGCACACGUUUGCGCCCGUCGUUGCUAACAAACUGGAGGAGCGAGGAUGGGAUAUCACGGUCGAGAAGGAGGUGAUCGAUGUAUUAGGGGAUCACGGUAUUGGCGCACAUGAGAUCUCAAGCAUUAUCUGGAGUCAUUGGCACUGGGAUCACAUCGGGGAUCCCUCGCGAUUUCCCCCGGCCACAGAGCUGAUAGUAGGGCCCGGCUUCAAAGACGAGUUUCUCCCUGGGUACCCAGAAAAGGCUGAUGCUCCCGUGCGGGAGAGUGAUUUUGCGGGACGCACUGUGAGGGAGGUUGACUUCAACCAGGCAGCUCAGGUCGGCCAGUUCCGGGCUAUUGAUUUCUUUGGUGAUGGCUCUUUCUACAUUCUUGAUACACCCGGCCACGCAAUCGGCCACCUCGGUGCUCUGGCACGUACCACAACUGCUCCAGAUACGUUUAUUUUCAUGGGAGGCGACCUAUGCCAUCACAGCGGCGAGAUCCGGCCGUCCAAACACCUGUCAAUUCCACGCGAUAUCAGCCCUCCCGGAUCUACUGCCACAAGCUUUCCCUGCCCAGGGGCUGCGCUGUAUGACCAGCUCCAGGCGAGCCGCAACCGCUCCUCGGACCAGCCAUUCUUCGAUCCGGGAAUGGGGCUAGAUAUAAAUGAGGCUCUGAUGACCAUUGGGAAAGCGCAAGAAGCUGACGCCCGAGACAGCAUUUGGUUUAUCUAUGCCCAUGACCCGAGCCUGAUCGACGCGGUCGGUCUGUUCCCUCUUCCAGCAAACGAGUGGAAGAAACAUGGCUGGCGAGAGAAAACUCUUUGGGCGUUCCUUCAGGACUUUGCACCGGCGGUUGAAGCGUUACGGAACUAA